CCGCCUGCUCGGCGGCGGAGGCGGCGGUGGCGGCAGCGGCUGUCCCUGCCUCUCCGCCACCUCCACCCCGGCCUAUUCCCCGGCCGGCGGCGUUGGCGGGGAGGGGGAACAGUAGUUGUAGACGCCCGCCCCUGCCUCAGAGAAGCUCCCCGGUUGUUGCGCAGUCUCACCAUGUAGAGAAAGCUCAUGCUAGAAAACUGAAGAAAUUAAUGGGUGACUAUGAUCAGAUUUCUUCACCAAGUUCUCAGCCUGAGAAGGAGAAUCCCUUGUUGUCAACCUAAUGAAGCAUUCAAAGAAGACAUAUGACUCUUUUCAAGAUGAACUUGAAGAUUAUAUCAAAGUGCAGAAAGCCAGAGGCUUAGAGCCAAAGACUUGUUUCAGAAAGAUGAGAGACAAUUGUUUGGAAACCUGUGGAUACAGAGAAGAGCUUGAUUACCGACCAAGGUAUAGAAUGUUUGAUCAAAUACUCUCAUCUGAAACUGGGCAGACCUACCCAAGAUCAUGCCCUAGUUCACAAAAAGUAGAAAACCGGUUACCUCAGUGGCUACCAGCUUAUGACAGCAGACUAAGACUAGACUCCCUGAGCUACUGUCAAUUCACCAGGGACUGUUUCUCAGAAAAACCAGAACCCCUGAACCUUAGUCAGCGAGAGUCUAACUGUAGCUCAUACAGUGUAGAAUCUGGAGUUCACAAGCGCCUCUCCUCAGAAAACAGUGCCGGUGGCCAUCCAGCCAGUCAUAAACAGCUACAUCAGAAGGGGAAAAGACACCCGGAGGAAGGAGAAAAACCAGAGGAGGAGCGGCCCAAGCAUAAGAGAAAAAAAGGUUGCGAGGAAACAGAUUUAGAUAAACACAAGAACUUCCAAAGAAACAAAACACAGAUGGAAACAGUCAGGGUCAGUACAGAAAAGCUUAAGAAUCGAAAGGAGAAAAAAAGCCGAGAUGGAGCCUCUAAGAAAGAGGAACGUAAGCGUAGAAAAGAGAAAAAGGAACAAGGUAAAGAGAGAACAGAGGAGGAAAUGCUUUGGGACCAGUCUAUCCUUGGAUUUUGAAGCUCUUGAGUUGGUUCUCCUGAGGUUAAAUUGAAAGAAUAGUUGAGGGGCCUGGUUUUCUGACGUUCACGUUCAUAUCGGUUCUUUCCUGUGAACAGGUACUGCAACUUCUAACAACAGGCCAAGUGAACACAAAGUAUUUAAUACGCUUACUCUCCAACAUGGAAAUUACUUUUCCUCAUUUUCUAAAAGCAUCCUUACAUUCUUAUAUAAUGUAAUUUCCCUUAAUGACAGUGGCUCUGCUUUUACUCAUCAAAUUGCUGGGAUGGUAGAAGUAUUUUUCCCUUGGGAGGUCAUUUAUUUU